AUGUCUAACGACAUCAAAAUUGUUUGUGCCGAGAACAUUGCUAUAUCCCACCUACUUCGCAACGUAGCAGCACCACCAUCGAGUAACCGCACUCAUUGUCCACCCGCCCUCAGAAGACGCUCUACAUUAUCUUUUGACACCGAGCGUAAACUAGCCGGUGCGCUAGCAUUCAUUGCACAUAUCAAAGAUGACGCUGAAAAUAUUCCUGCUUUAGGCCUAGAGGAGGAUCCCGAAUCAGGUAGCUUGAACGUCAUAUUCGCCGUAAAUAAAGCGAGUCAUAAUGAUGGAGAAGAUGCGAUUUGCGGUAUUAAGCAGGGCUUCGAACGCAUAUUUGCAAUUCUCACCACUGUAUCCGGGUCAACUCGCUAUCGAGACAUAGAAUGCCAAAUUCUUACAGCCGUGGUUUCUAUGUGCUCAUCGCGCAUACUGUCUCGGUUGCGCCUGGCUUUUACAUCGAGUACGACAGCGAAACGCCCCUUCAAAGGCACCCUUCAAGAGGCCUUGCUAGCUGUGAAGAUCGUCAGGCGGAAAUUGAAUAAUGAGGACUUUUCAAAGACCGCGGACAACUUCACCCUAAGGGCGAAGGAAGUCGAGAAACUUCUGGACUCAUGGUCUCAAUAUCAGGUCGAUACACGUUUAGUGAAGGUUGUGGAAGGCAUUCAUCGACUUCAGCAAACUGUGGGACUCCCUGACCUAAUUGGCAUUAUCCCAAAUCAGGACAUGAGCCCCAGUGCAAGGAAAAGUUUGCUCAACAUCGUUAACAAGGUCGGCAGGUACUGGGAAGUCGCUAGGUACCUGUACCGUACGGCAAAGAAAUUGCCUUUGGCUCGAGCAAUGAGAACAAUCGCCGUUCGACUGCCUGAGGAAGCAUUUGCUUCUCCUAUAAUUAAGGAUUAUUUUCCUGAGUUGCAGUCCAAAAUCGCCGAAACCAGUUCAAAGGGCAGUCAACAGAAGCUCCUAAGAGAAAUAUGCGCAAUAUUGAAGAUUAGCCAACAGCAUGCUAUCGACAGGUACUCUGGCCAGGUCAUACGAACCUUGAGAGAGGCAAAAAUCCAUGCUGAGAUCCAGCUGAUUGCCCACUGCGAAUUAGAACGCCCGAAGUUAUUGCCGCGAGUAAUCUGCUCGAGCAAGGAUGCCUGCUUUCUUUGCAACUUAUGUCUUCAGUUAUAUCAGAAAAUUUACACGCCAAAAUCUCACGGACGACUAUAUCCAAGUUGGCGGAUACCUUGUAUACCACAACUUGCAGAGCUAGAGCAAAGGUUUUCCCAAACUCUAGGUGACCAUUUCAGAGAGACCUGUGUCGCGCUAUUAUCAACUCGCCAGAAAGUCAUCUAUCCAGACCCAAAUGAGAGUACCUUGUUUACACUUCCACUAUCUAAGACAACGGCAAGCGCUUCAACAUCCUCCAAGGCAACCAGAGCGGACGCUCGUAUCUCGCGGCUACCAGAAUCAAGCAAGAGUGUCGGUGUCAGCGAUCCACGUACACAGGAUACAGCUGAUUCAAAAAGGGAUACGCCACCGGAUAGUCCGUCCCCAUCACAUGACUGCGCGAAGACAAUAGAGGAGUUGAAUUAUUCCGAAGUGGUCCAAGGAUCGAAAAUUUUUGGAUGUCUGACCCCUGGAGAAUCCUCGAAUGUUUAUAUAGCUGACUCCCUGCGCUCGCUGGAAAUCCAGAUUGAGCAUGCCACAGGCUCAAAUGAUCUUAAGUACUAUAUGAAGUGGCUGGGCGCUGAAGAAGCUGCGGAGGUUCGAGAAAAUGGUUCUUCAACCCAAGUGGUCGACGCGGAGCACCUUGAAGGAAUGGUCGCCCUCCACGAGCAGAACUCAUUGUACCUUGUUGCGAAGGACGCUAUACUGAAGGUUGGUUGGGCGAGUGGAGACAAAAGUCUCCCCGUCUAG